AUGCAACAGCAGCAGCAGCAGAACCAUCCUUGUGUAGGGUUUCAAACUAAUAACCAGGAUGGCCAAGACGUCUGCUUUACUUUGGCCCAAGGGAGAGAAUCAGACAGCAAUCCGCUUGAGAUCAUCAGUUCUGCUACUACAAAUCAAGCCUGGAGCUUGCAGUCAUUGGAAGGAAGAGCGCAUUGCACCACUACCAUCGACUCAGCAGGCAAUUUUUCCGCCGAGAGCCCCAAACUGGAGGAUUUUCUUGGCACCGGGAAGGUGGCCGGAGAUCCGGUGGGCUACCACAAUGGAGGCUUUGAGUUGGUGCCUAGUGAGAGCUCAAGCGACCGGAGCUCCAUCGGCUUCCCAGCGAAUAUAGAUGGGUGGAUGAUGAACCAGGCCGCCUCGAGCUCGAAUGCAACCGGCGGAGAGGGAUUGUCUAAUUUUCAGGCACUCACGCUUUCGGUUGGUGCUGGAAACUUGCCGUCGAGCUCUCAGGCAAUCGUGAUGGCUGCCGGAAGUAGGCAGGUGGAUGCCACUACAGGGAGUCCUUCCUGCGAUACCACGGACACAAGAAAGGCCAUCGAUACCUUUGGCCAAAGAACUUCAAUUUACCGGGGAGUGACCAGGCACAGAUGGACAGGGAGGUAUGAAGCUCAUCUUUGGGAUAAUAGUUGCCGGAGGGAGGGGCAAACCAGGAAGGGAAGGCAAGUUUAUUUAGGGGGCUAUGACAAAGAAGAAAAGGCAGCUAGGGCAUAUGAUUUGGCUGCUUUAAAGUACUGGGGCCCAACCACCACAACCAAUUUCCCGACCGGCAACUAUGAGAAAGAACUGGAAGAAAUGAGGAACAUGACUAGGCAAGAAUACAUUGCAUCUCUAAGAAGAAAGAGCAGCGGAUUCUCAAGAGGAGCAUCUAUUUACCGUGGAGUAACAAGACACCACCAGCACGGAAGAUGGCAGGCCAGAAUUGGCAGGGUAGCAGGGAACAAGGAUCUUUACCUUGGCACCUUCAGUACACAAGAGGAAGCAGCAGAGGCAUAUGACAUUGCUGCUAUAAAGUUUAGGGGAUUGAAUGCUGUGACCAAUUUCGAGUUGAGUAGGUACGACAUUAACAGCAUCCUGCAAAGCACCACACUACCCAUUGGAGGAGCAUCAAAGCGAUUGAAGGAAUCCCAGGUGGUCGAUAUCAGAGCAAGAACUGAAGAACCACAGACUUACUCCCACCAAAUAAACUCACCUCUUCUAGACAACGUGGCACCAAACUAUGGUGAUUUCUCUUCCCUGUACCACCACCACCAUCAUGGGUGGUCUUUUUUGGAGUACCACCAUCCGCAACCUUUGAAUCAAGUCUACCCGAGUGGCAGCCUUCUUCAGCACCCCAAGAUGCCAUCGCCAUCAUCAUCUUCAUCCAACAACUUAGAUCAUGGAGCACUGUUUGGUCAUGAUGCGGCCGGCAAUUCGUCGAUCAGGAUGUCCGAAUUCGACAAUUACCAGCAGAGGCCUCAGUUUCAUGAAGGAUGCCAGAACUUCAUGACAGUUGAAACUGCAGAUGAUCAUCAGUUUAAUGCGGAGUGUGGAAAUUGGUCGACAGGCGCUGUUCAGGGAUUACAGUCAAGAUCUAAUUACGACCAUGUUUGGAACGAGGAUCCACCCCAACAAUAUUUGCCGAAAUAG